AUGACUGAUCAAGAGCGCCGGGACGGCAAGUACUACUACAUCGAGGAGUUCAAGCUACUGCUGCAGCAAGAGGCGCUACAGCCGUCCCAGCAGCAGCAGGUGCUGCUACCCCCAGGGUUGACGGCGGUGCAGGUCGUCGCGGACUUCUUGGCGGAGCUGCGAGGCUACAUAUUCAAGCACCUCGCCAGAAUGGACGCGGCUGCGGCAGGCGGGCCGGCGGGGCCCCCCCUGGAGCCCUCCUCCAUCUCCUGGUGCCUGACCGUCCCUGCCAUGUGGGACGAGGCGACCAAGGCCAAGAUGCGGCAGGCGGCUAAUCGGGCUGCCGUCACUGCCGCCAGCGACGCUGCUGCCAGGGCGGCGGAGCUAAGGGAAGUGUCGGAGCACACCGCCGGCGGCGGCGACGGCAGUAGCGCCUUGGCAGCAGUGCGGGGCGGGGCAUCGGUAUCAUCGUCCGCUGCGGCGGCUGCUCUCCGGGACGGAGAUGUAUUGUUAGUGCUGGAUUGUGGCGGCGGUACGGCAGACAUCACGAUGCACAAGGUGGUGGGCUCUGGGACGAAUGUACGGCUGCAGGAAGCGGCGGCGGGUAAAGGUGUGCUGGCGGGCGGGCGUUACGUGGACGAGGCGCUGUGGCAGCACCUGCGCGCAAUGGUGGGUCCAACCGCGUGGGACACCUGGCGCGAGCGCCAUCCGACUGAAUGGAUGGAGGCCGCGACUGAGUGGGAGGCUGCCAAGCGGCAGCCCCGGGGGCCUCUGACGCUGCAACUGAGACCUCACCUCCUGGAGCUGGCGGCGGAGAUCAGGCGGCGGGAGCGGCGCGCUAGCGGCGGCGGCAGCGGCAGCGCCGCCACCGCAUCCACGCCCGAUGCUGACAUCGCAGCUACUUCCUCCACCGACAUCGACGGCGGCAGCGGCGGCGGCGGCUGCCGUACCCCCGCGGCGGAGGCGAUGGACGUCGGUGGCCUGAUGGCGGCGGAUCUGCCCGCUGACGGCAGUGUGGUGCUGUGCGAGGGGGUGCUGGAGAGGCGGAUCUACGGGCCUGUGGUAGAUCAGAUUUUGGCGGCGGCUGUCGACGUCCUGGAGCAGGGGCAGCAUGCGGGCUGUCCCUGCAGCAAGAUGCUUCUUGUGGGCGGCUUGGCCAACUCGCCGUACGUACAACAGCGUGUACGGCAGCUGUCGCAGGAACAGCGAGUGCCGCUGUUGAUGCCUAGGCAGCCGCAGGCGCUGGUUGCGUCUGGUGCCGUACUGUUUGGCCAGUACCCGUCGCUGGUGACGGCACGCCGCUGCCGCCAGACGUACGGCAUCUCAUGUCGGUCUUUGUGGACGGCUGAGGACGCCGCCAGCCACACUCUCUUUGGCUACCCCAGCAAACUGUGGAAGGAGGAGGAACGCGAAUACGUGGCGGAUGGCGUCUUCGAGCUGUAUGUACGGCGUAACCAACUGAUUCAGCAGGACGAGGUUGUACGACGGAUCUUCUGCCCUACCAGCAAGGGUACGACAGCGGUUGGGAUUGAUCUGUUCACAACCGAAAACGAGGACGCGCGCUACACCGCCGAGCCGGGCAUGCGCAAGGUGGCGACUGUGAUAAUGGAGCUGCCGCCGGGCUGGACGAGCACCGUACAACGACGCCAGGAUUACGACAUUGAGGUGGAGCUGCGGUUUGGCGGCACUGAGAUUACCUUACUCGCCCGGGACCCCCAAACUAACAACGCAGUGGCCACCACCACCAACUGGACCCCGGAGGACGGCUUGCUCUCACUCGUUUACUUCUGGACUCAGCCGUUCCUGUCGUGGCCCUGUCGUGGCCUCGUAUGCGGGGUCACAGUACGGCUCCCCUGGGACCCCUAAGGUGUCGUGUGAGGAAAAACGCGAGAGGCGCUUAGCCUCACGCACUGGUGUAGCAGCGCACACGUCACCGCAUAUGUACAAGGCUUCAAUGACAACAACAACAAUGACAGCAAAGUUCAAUAGACUCUCUAGACAAACCAGUAGGGCGCAUGUCGGAAUCUAUCAAAUAUGCCUGGCACAUCAAAUAGGUGUAUUGACCUCGGCACCACUCAAGCGCGUUAAUCGUACACUGGCGGACCCCGACUUUUUCUUCACAUCACCAAGGCGCCACAGCCGCACAUUCUGCCUGCAGCAAUUAAAACCCGCCGCACAUGAACCACGAGCAAGAGAUGCGCGGCGAAAGAAUAUAAGCUAUAACUUGGUUGGUCGAAUCAAGAAGCUGGAACGGCUCCCUGCGGGAUGCACAACGCGCACGAUGUCCCGCCUCAUAAUCCAACAUUCCGACUGCCAUUGACAUAACCAGCGACAACCGACUGCGAUUGACACAACCGUGCCCAACAGCGGGGGUCACAACACCACUAAGGAUGCUGUUGAAUACGCCAGCUCCCUCCUGUCGCCUUCAAAUUCCGCGCGCGGACCGUCGCAACCUUGCCGUCGCAUUCGUAUUGCGGCUCCUUGGUGCGCGUUGCGUCGGGAGAUCAGUGAUAUUGGCCACACCCAUGGGCAAAGCCGGGGGGCCGGAACGCUGGGCAUCGGGGCCACACGGGUUGCACAGCCCACCGUAUGUCGUGCUGGGUGUGUGUGCGUCAGCACAGCUUUGGGCCCCGCUGGGCAUGCUGUACAUUUCGGCACCAUUGCGGUCGUAAUGAGGCGGCGACAGCGCCCUCGCGACCGAACAGGGCGGCAUGUGUAACAAUCGCCCUUGCGCCUUUAAUGAAAUACUCAAGAGGCAAAUUUGCCCGUGGUAUUAAAAGGAUAUUAGCGAAGAGGAUAUAUAUAACUCGACUCUCAGAAUCUCAGCAGCAGUGCGAGAAUCACAUGCACGGCAUACACACACACACACACAUGCACACACACAUACACCACUGUCCAGGAUGGAAAGGAUGGGCAGCAGCACGGCGUCGCACUCAGGCCUUGACGCCGUACGUGUCGUU